UUAGUUUCAGCCAUGGCUUCUUUACCAGUGAUGUUAUUCCUCAUGACUCUGCUGCUGCCAUCAAUAUUCACUGAAGGAAAUGUUCUGACACAGACUCAAAAAGGACCCAUCAUAUCUGCUGAUCACAAGACAAAUCACAGUGCUGUCUUGGAGAAGACUGAUUACCAAAGUGAAGAAAAUAUCAAAGAGGUCUUGGAGAGGAUAAUCUGUGCCUCCCAUCAGGACCAAAUAUUGUUUGAGAACCUGGCCAAUGAUAAUCAACACAAGUUAAGACUAUCUCAGUUCUUGACUGCCCUGAGCAAAUGUCUUCAGAAACAUGGAGUCUUAGGAAAUGUCAGUCAUGUGGUUCUUACCCUUCGAUUUACCGGAUUUAGAUACCAACAAGACAAUUAUAUAUUUCAAGUUGUGUUGCUUUUAGAUGAAUUCCUGAAAAAAGUAGGAAAGGUGUUGACUUCCAGAAACUCUAGUUAG